AUGUUGAUCCUAGGCUUCAGUGACGGUAAUUCCAACAGCGACUCGUCGGUACCGAGCCAGUACGACCAGCACUUCACGCCAUUCAUGUCGCAAUUGACGGACCUUAGCAGUCCGCCGCAGCAGCAUCGCACGAUGUCGGCUUAUUCACAUCCUCAUUAUUCACAUCAAGCCGAUUACAACCAUCAAUUGGUAUUCAAUAAUGGGCCUAAACUCAAUUUUAAUCCUAAUCUUUCGCCUCUUUUGGAUCCGAUGCUUACAGGUAAAAUCAUAAGGAGUUUCUCACUGAGUUACGCUGACAAUGAGCGGCGGCGGCAGUCGACCGAGAAUUCGUCGGAGUUCCUGCCGGAAUACGGCAAGAACAUGUACGUAACGUCACCGCAUUUCAUGUUUUCGCCUAAAGGUUGCAACGAGGACGAGAUUAACGCGCUCGGCUCUGUUCAGUCGGUCCACGGCCAGGCUUCCUAUCACCCUACGGACAGGAAUGUGGUGGAGUACAAGACCGAUCAGCAACAACAAGUGGUUGAUCAUCAUCCUCUUCGGAGAUACAAUGAGCAGAUGCAGGUGAAAUCGUUUGACCAGAGUGUCCAAACGGAAUUACUCUCAUCAUCUUCAUCGUCAACAUCAACGAGAAGUUACAGUGUCACGAACGACAUCAAGUCCGUCACAAAAAGACAGAAAUUAAACGACAGUAGCAGUAACAACAAUAAUGACAAUAACAGUAAAAACAACACGAACGACGACGACGACGAGGUCGACAGUGAGGCGAGUGCGACGAAGAGGAGACCACGAAGGAAAAAUAGUGCGACUGAUGCGGACAUCCAGAGACCUAGAACGAUGGCGACCGUGCGGGAACGACAGCGGAUGCAGAGCUUCAACGAAGCAUUCUCCGCCCUGAGGAAGAUCAUACCAACCCUGCCAAGCGACAAACUUAGCAAGAUCCAGACGCUGAAGCUAGCUGUCAGGUACAUCGACUUUCUCUAUCAUUUGCUGAAGACGAAUGUAGACGGCGGUGACAGCGACGAAGAGACUAGUAAGUUUUUUGAGUUUUUGUAA